GGAGGGGGCGGUUGCAGACAAGGCAGACGAGGCAGUCGGAGAGCCUAACCUGCCAGGGGAGGAGGUGGUGAUGACGUCGAAAGGCGUCGGUGGAGCGGGUCCUGCUACUAGGGCGCCGCGAGCUGAGGUGGAGCGCGCGAGGAGGGAGAAGAGAACAGUGGGGCAGGCUGGCGUCGAGGUGCCAGACACGGGCAGGGAGAAGAGAGCUCGGCAGACCACGAUUGACGAGAUGUAUGCCAGGGAGAAGUUGGUCGAGUUCACAAACGCAUGGCCUCAGUGGAUCUACGUGAAGAAGUUGCCAUUCAACGCCUUCCGUGGUUCAGAGUUCCAGCGGGUGCGGCAGGCAGCAGAGAGAGUGCCUCGCUCUAUCCAGUUCCGGUUUCCCUCCUACAGGGUUACAGCGGGCGCCGAUAUCCCUUCGCAGAGAGCGAAGGUGGCGGCGGUGGUGAGCGAGGUGCGUGCCACUUUUCGGCACAGUGGUGGCACUAUCCUUUCUGACGGGAGGAAGUCGCGCAGCGGCAAGCCGCUCGUGAACUUCCUUGCCGGGGGCGCCAACGGCGCCUUGCUGUACGCCACCGUCGCACGUAACGGGUCGGUCCGAGACACAGCGGACGUCGUGUACCGUAGGUGGCGGACCAUCAUCUUGUCCUUCGAGCGCUUGUGCGAUUUAUUAAAUCGCACGGCGCUGCUCACACCCUUUUUAGGAAGGGGGGACAGUGAAACCGAGCGAUGUGCAGCGUGGUGGUUCGAGCAUGGACGUGCCCACCCGGAGUUGUGCACCAUCGCCAUCCGUGUCAUGCACUUGUGGACGUCUGCCUCUCUAGCGGAGAGGAACUGGGCGGAGCACGAGCGCGUCAGCACGUCGAGGCGCCUCACGCUUGGGUUCGCCAAGCUUGCACAACUAGUUGAGAUUGCCACCAAUCUCAAACUGGCCUCGUGCGCACGGCAGGGUGGUGGCUACGUGUUGCCAUGGGUUAUGGGGACCGGUCGGGGGGGGAUGGCGGCAGAGGAGGAGGAUGAGGAGGGAAAUGUGGAGCCCGAGGUGUGGGGAGCACGACCUGAUGGCAGUGUUCUCAAGCAGGAGAUCCAGCGGCAGAUUGUCGCUUUCCGUGACAGCCGACCAUCCAGAGCCCGUUCGGUUCGGGACGUGUUCGGCAGCAGAGCGACGAAGCUGCGACCGUGGCCGGAGGGUGGGGAUGCUGUGGACGCUGCUGCGGCAGGCGAUGACAUCGACGACGACAGGACUGACGAUGAUGACACGCCGCUGAGUCGCGACCCGACGGCUGACUGCAGAGCCGGCGGUGGUUUUGGAGGACGUUCGCAUGCGGAGGUUCGCAUGGACGACUCGGGGGAGCAGCAGCCACGGGGAGGUCUUCGGCACACAGGCAGGCGUUGGGAGGUUAGGAGCGAUAGCGAGGCCGAGGGGGAGGCCGAGGAUAAGGAGGUGCCCCUUCGCGAUCGUCGCUUCUCUCCCUCCCAUCAUCCGAUCUCUGCACAGCCCGAGGCACUUAGGCGCUCGGAGAGGUUGGCGUCGGCAACAGGCAGAGACCAGACACAUGACGGCGAGGAUCGUGGGGGGGAGAGGACUCCUCCCGACGUCGGUAUCCGCCCCCGCUUGCCGUCGGUGCUCCGCACACAGGACUUCGAGGACAUAGGGCUUGGUGGGAGCUUGGGAGAUUUGAGUGUUGAGGGGCAUCGACGUGCCUCACCGCAGGAUGUGCGCACAGACCCGGACGUUGAGUGGGGCCCUGUUGAUACUGAGGAGGAGAGGGAUGCCCGUUUGGACCGAGAGGAGGAGGAGCGGCUGAGGAGUUUGCCACAGUGGGAGGGUCGGUUCACGUAUCUCGACGAUCAGCGUCGGCAGAGGGACUUGGAGACAGGUGGUGGACGACGCGGCGACGAGGAGACCACGGGUGUCCCUGAGGGGCAGGAUGUUGUCAUGGGCGGUGGGUCCCCUAGUGGGGGCCGUGGCGACAGCGAGACCGCGGGUGAUGAGGGACAGGGUGCCGCAGUGUGCGGCAGAGGAGAGGGUGGACCCGGUGGAGAUGAGGACACCGCGGGUGUCGGUGGAGACGAUGGACCGGACGGUGACAAUGACGACGACCACGGUCCCGAGGACGAUCCGUAUAGGCUGGCCUUGGUGUUGAGGGAUCCCACAGUGCCUCCGUUGCGACCUGCCGACACAGCGCACACUUUCUUCGACGCCGACGCUUUGGCGCAUGCGUUGACGAAUGACCCUUUCGCACACGUGAGCCGCAAGAGCGGCAAGCAGCGGGCCCCUGGGAGGGUAUAUUCAUCGCCGCCAUUCACAGUGCAGAGCCCUGACUGGUCGGGUUCGUCGCUCAGCGACAUUAGAGGGAGGGAGUCCGGUGCGGGUGAGGUGGGGUCCGGCAGACGCAGCGACGGCGGCAGAGAUAGUGCAGGAUCGAUGCCUCCACCGCUGCCUCCACCGCUGCCUCCACCGCCCACACAGACUCCGGAGGCCAGGGUCGACACCGGGGACCGGACGGUGGCACCCGGAGUUGUGCACAGUGGUGGUUCCCCGCCACGAGUACGAGGAGGUGUGGGUGGCGGAUGGUCAGCUGUUCGUCGGGUCGGGGACCAGUUGCGGGCGGAUUACAACGCCGGGAGGGGCGUCUUCACGGGACGUACGCCUGUUCAGACGAAGGCUGCGGAGAGUUGGUCCGGACGUCCGAGCCUGCAGAUGGCAGGCCGCAUGCUUGGUUUGUCACGAGCGGAGACGAGGAGGACAUUGGUCCUCGAGGCCGCAGGGACAUCCACGGACAGGCUGCGGGGAGAGUAGUUCACAUCGGGCGAGGAGGGGUUGUCGAUGCGUCCCGGGACGAGACAACAGCAUAGCCUCUCGGAGGUUGAGGCUCGACUCGCUACAGGGGUCGCCGCUGGGCAGGCAGCAUUGGACGC